UUGCGGGCUUCCCCGCGCCGGUGCGACCAGGCGCCUAUGGCGUUUCCGAGGUGACGCGCUGCUGGCACCGACUCUCUCUGGGGGUGGGGGCAUCGCCCAUGAACCCUUCGGCGACCUUCUUCGUCCGGCGCCAGAACAUCGGGUCAGAAGUUGAGAAUUCCACCAUUGAGAAACAGCGGAAGGAGCUGCAGUUGCUCAUUGGAGAACUGAAAGAUCGAGAUAAAGAGCUCAAUGACAUGGUUGCAGUGCACCAGAGACAACUUCUUUCAUGGGAGGAAGAUCGGCAGAAAGUGUUGACUUUGGAGGAACGUUGCAGCAAAUUAGAAGGUGAGCUGCAUAAAAGAACUGACAUAAUCAAGUCUCUCAUGAAGAAGGUCAAAGUCCUUGAAUCCAAUCAAGUGGAGUGUCAGACAGCUCUUCAGAAGACUCAGCAACAGCUCCAGGAAAUGGCUCAAAAGGCUACACAUUCUGCCCUCCUCUCGGAAGACCUUGAGGCUAGAAAUGAAAAUCUCAGCAGCACGUUAGUGGAACUUUCUGCUCAGGUAGGACAAUUGCAAGCUAGAGAGCAGGCUCUCACUACCAUGAUAAAGCUAAAGGACAAAGAUAUUAUUGAGGCAGUCAAUCACAUUUCAGACUGUUCUGGUAAAUUUAAAUUGUUAGAGCAUGCUUUACGUGAUGCAAAGAUGGCAGAGACUUGUAUUGUGAAAGAAAAGCAAGAUUACAAGCAGAAAUUGAAGGCACUUAAGAUUGAAGUCAAUAAACUGAAAGAGGAUCUAAAUGAGAAGACAACGGAAAACAAUGAACAACGAGAAGAGAUCAUUCGCCUCAAGCAAGAGAAAAGUUGCCUGCAUGACGAAUUAACAUUUACUGUCGAGAGAGAAAAGAGGAAAGAUGAGUUACUUGAUAUUGCAAAGUCAAAGCAAGAUCGUACAAAUUCAGAGCUACACAACCUGAGACAGAUUUACGUAAAACAACAGAGUGACCUGCAGUUUCUUAAUUUCAAUGUAGAAAAUUCUCAGGAAUUAAUACAGAUGUAUGACUCAAAGAUGGAGGAAUCAAAGGCCCUGGAAUGCAGCAGAGACAUGUGUUUAUCAGAUCUUGACAAUAACUACCCAAAAAUCGAUUUUAAGAGAGAGAGAAAUCAGAAGUCAUUGGUUAAGGAUCAAAAGUUUGAGAUCACGUUGGCUCAGCGCAAUAGGUCAGACAAGAGCUUUUGUGAUGCAUGCAGAGAGAAGAAGCUUCAGGUUAAUACUGCGUUUGGGGAAAAAAGUGUAAUUGCUCUCUCAUCUCCAUUUACCAAAGACUUACUGGAGAAACAAAAAUCUUGGUCUCUGGGUGGAAAACUCCAGACUGAACCUGAAAACAAAGUUACAUUAUGCAAGAUUCAUGCAAACUCACCAAAAAGCAGUGGAAUGGAGCUUCAGGUCGAAGAGAAGCAGCUCUUAGAAACAUCCGUCUCGCUGCCUGAUGAGAAGCAGUGGCAUGACAUCAGUGUUUACCUGGGCCUUUCUAACUGCUCUGCCUCACAGCAUCUGGAAAAGCCUGACGGGGACAGCUGUAACCUCGCAGACACAGCUGCAAUCUCAUGCUGCGUCCAAAAUGAAGUCUGUGUGGGGGACAAGGACCUGGGGGAGUCCCAGUGCUGCCACCCGAGUAACAUCAUUGUCGAGGCCCCAGGACACAUGACUGAUGUAGAGUGGAUGAACAUUUUCAAGCCUUCCAAAAUGCAAAGAAUUGUUCGCCAUAAAACUGUGUGCACUUGUUCAAAAGGUGUCAGUGGCAUGAGAUCUUCAGCAAGUGAGCUCAUUGCCAUCCAGCCUCCCCAGUGUUUGGGUUCCUCAAAGUCUGCAGAGAGAGAAGAUGAACCAGAGCCCCCUCCAGACAAAAGAACCUCAUCCAAGAGUGUGUUCAUCAGCAAAGAUGCAGAUUCGCCCCAUGAAAAGGAUGACUUUUCUCCUACUAGUAAGCUCCAACGCUUGCUGGCCGAGUCUCGACAGAUGGUCACGGAUCUGGAACUGAGCACACUGCUGCCCAUCAGCUGUGAGAAUCUCAACAGAAGUAAAUUAGAAGUCUCAGAAGAGCCAGAUGACAAAAACACCCUUGUCAGUCAUUGAAGGAAACAAAGUCAACUUGGACAUUCACUGUGGCUAUGUAAGCAGGAUUCUCACUGAAAGGCAGAAAGCGGAUACCGUACUUCACCUGAAGACGAAGAGGAUUGUGAUUCCCACAGAAGCCUUUAAUACAAAGGCAGCAGAAUCUCAAAGUUUACUUCUUAAAGCGACUUUAUUUUGUUUUUGAUGAACCAUUUUUGUGUAAAAAAAUUUUUUUUCAUGCCAAAGAAAUGAGGUCUUACUCUACACACGUGUUUGGAACUAUGCUGAAAGAAAAAAUGAAAAAACUCUGUCAAGAUGCAGACGUGGUUUAAUACCAGAGAAGCUCUUUAAACCUGGUAUGAGAACCCCUGCAUGUCAAGUGCUGCUUGAGCUGUCUGCCUCCUUAAAACCUGGUAAUAUUCACAUUAUAGCUGAACUUCUCAGAGCCCGCUCCCAAUGUGUGACGUAGUCUUUUCUUCUCUUAUGGUUCUAGCACUGGACUUUGUUGUUUGAUGGGCGUGAGAUAAGAGGGUAUAAAAUGUUUGUAAUGGGACACUAUCACCUUGCUGGCAGUUAAGGCCAGUCUGUCCUCAGGCGACAGCUGCAUCUUGUCUGGCUCUGUAGUAGGCAGUUCACUUACACAAGACAGCAUUUGCUGGAAGAUCAAGUUUUAUAUAGAUUUUUAAAAAUAUAUUGAAGACUAAAAAUUCCAUUUUAACUUAAAAAAUAUUUUUUUAAAAAAUUACACUAUUGGCCUUUCUCCUUUCUACCAGAACUGAUCUGUUUCACUCAAUAAAAGUAUUUUUAAUAA